AGGUGGAUGGAAAUAUAAAGUAAACCUUGUGAAUGAUAUAAAAUGGAUAAGUAUUAAGAUAAUAUUAAGUUUGUGUAUUUACCGUUACUACAUAUAGUUGGUGGUGUUAGUUGGACGUUAUUUGAGCCGUUAGUUUGAAACAGCUGCUAGGUUUGUUUCAUUCAUUUUUGAGCGGCACGUUUGGACACGAAGCUAACAAAGGAAUAGCAAGAAGCUGAACUCCUUUAUUCAGUAUUGCAGGCGUUUUUAACACCCAGAGUACAAAACCAGCGUGUUUUUACUACAACGGUUUAUACUGUAUAUAUUUUGGAAAGAGUACUCUUAAGUUUUUUUUUUUUUAAGGAUUGCGUUAUUAGCAAGGUUGCUAGUUAAGCUAAGGUUGCUAACUAGCUAAGGUUUGGAAACUCGCGACUAGCUGUUGAUAUAGAGUAAAGGAGCAGACAUGGCGGACAUGUACAUUCGGGUGGCUGAGGAGGAGAACGAAGAGCCGAUGGAGAUUCCCUCCGAGGAUGAUGGUACCGUGUUGCUUUCUACAGUAGCCGCUCAGUUCCCGGGCGCUUGCGGCCUACGCUACCGGAGCCCGAUCUCUCAGUGCAUGCGCGGUGUGCGCCUGGUGGACGGUGUGUUGCACGCGCCUGAGAAUGGCUGGGGCAACCUGGUCUUUGUGGUCAAUUACCCCAAAGAAUCUGUCCUUCCGGACAAUAAACGUAAGAUGGAUGAGAUAGAUGCCUCAUCAGCAAAGAUGAAGAGAGGGGAUCAGAAGACAUCUGAUCUGAUUGUGUUGGGCCUGCCAUGGAAAACUACAGAACAGGAUCUUAAAGAGUACUUUGCAACCUUUGGAGAAGUCAUCAUGGUUCAGGUGAAGCGUGAUGCAAAGACCGGAAACUCAAAGGGCUUUGGCUUCGUCAGAUUUGCUGAUUGGGAAACGCAGACUAAAGUGAUAUCCCAACGUCACAUGAUUGAUGGGAGGUGGUGUGACUGCAAACUACCCAACUCAAAGCAGGGUCCUGAUGAGCCCAUGAGAAGCAGAAAGGUGUUUGUUGGUCGCUGCACUGAGGACAUUACUGCCGAUGACCUGCGCCAGUUCUUCAUGCAGUACGGAGAGGUCACAGACGUCUUCAUCCCCAAGCCUUUCCGUGCUUUUGCUUUUGUUACCUUUGCUGAUGACCAGAUUGCCAGUUCUCUUUGUGGGGAGGACCUAAUCAUUAAGGGAGUGAGUGUGCACAUCUCCAAUGCUGAGCCUAAGCACAGUGCCAGAAGCCAGAUGAUGGACCGGGCCCGCUUCGGGAAUGGUUUCGGUGCUCAGGCAUUCGGAAGCAGCAGCAGCAGCACCACCACUCGCAGCACCUCCAGCAGCCUGGGCAACUUCGGCAACUUCAACCUGAACCCGGCCAUGAUGGCUGCUGCACAGGCUGCCCUGCAGAGCAGCUGGGGCAUGAUGGGAAUGUUGGCGCAGCAGGGUCAGUCAGCUUCGUCUGGAUCGAGCACGAGCGCAACAACCCCGGGUCGCGACCAGGCACAGUACAGCUCUGCAAACAGCAAUUACAGUGCCAACUCAGCCGCACUGGGUUGGGGUGCUAACUCGGCUAGUGGUGGGAGUGGCUUUAACUCAGGCUUUGGCUCUGGUAUGGAGUCCAAGUCUUCAGGGUGGGGUAUGUAAGUUGUGGGGUUGUUGUGUUUGAACUGUUGGUGUUCUGUGUGUGUUUGGUAAGUAUUUUCUGAAGGACUUUAGCUUUUGUGCAUUUUGGAAUUGGGAGUAGGAGAAAAUAAGAAGUGUGGGGAAAAGCUAAUUUUUUCUAUCUUUGAGCAAGAGAUUGACUGUAGUGUUUGAACAGGGUGGAUUAUUACACAAACAUCAGCUUUUGUUUUUUUUUUACUCAUUGUAUUGGUUGAUUGGGAGUGGGGAGAAAAGCUAUUUUAACUGGAUUCUUGAAAAUGCAUGCAUUAUAAUUUGUGGUCACUAAAAAGCAUGUUUUACAGACCAUCAAAUUUGUACUUCUACAAAGCACACUUUUACAAUCUUGCAUUGGUAAGAAUCUUGUUGAAACUACAACUUUUUGAGUACAUAUUUUAUUUGCUGUGAGAUGCAUUUAAAAACCUGCAUUGACAUCUCUUCUGCAGUUGCCAUCUGUAGGUUUUGCCUGGAAAGAAGGCCCUCUGUGGCAGCACUGUGUGGCUGAGAUCAUAUUCACCUUGUUCCUCAUGUCUAAAAGCUCUCAUCGCUCAGCUCAUUGACAUGGUGGGUGUCUCUUUUUUUUAAAAAAGAAAGAAAACAACUUUUUUCUGAUUGACAAGAACUGCUAAGAAAAACUGAACAUUUUUAACAACAAUGGAGUGCGAUUGGUGGUGGUGGAGUGAGAAAGCUGCGAGUGAGCGAACUGAGAAAGAAAGGUGUGGAAGCAAACAUGAAAAAGACUGAUGCGAGUUCGAUAAGAGCUCAGAUGUGACUGCAGUGGAUGGCUUUUGUGUGUGCGAAUGAAAGUUGUUGACACUUCCCAGCUUCACCUAUACACAAGCUGAAAAAUGGACAUUUAGCAUACCUGUACCUAAACAUCUGUUUGUUUGGUUUUUUUCUCCCCCUAAGGCUGCCCAUUUUGCUUUUCUCUUAUAGUAUACUGAUGUGUUUUGAGUAGCUAUUAGAAUGUUUUGAUGAAUACCUGUCUUGCUUCUAUAAACUGAUCUGAAUGCCGUAUGGUGUGUGUGCUUUUCCUUGUAACUUGACCCGUGAGUGUGAACUUAAUGUGGAUGACAUCUUCAGUGGACCCUGAGGGGGGAGAACAAGUGAUGUGUAAGUGUGACCUGUAUGUUGAGUGCUGUGAAUGUUUGUGGAAUGAAUCCUUCUGAAUAAUGUUUAUUGAAUGUUUUCAGACAUUUUAUAUGGCUUGUAAAAAGAAGGGAGUGCUCCAAUAAAACAGUUUGAAUAGC